CUAUGGCGGACCAGGCGCCCCAAGUUCCCGAGGACAUGUUCAGGGAGGUCAAGUACUACGUGGUGGGCGACAUCGACCCGCAGGUUAUCCAGCUCCUGAAGGCCGGGAAAGCCAAGGAGGUGUCCUACAAUGCACUGGCCUCGCACAUCAUCUCAGAAGACGGGGACAACCCGGAGGUCGGGGAGGCCCGAGAGGUCUUUGACUUGCCUGUCGUGAAGCCGUCCUGGGUGACCCUGUCUGUGCAGUGCGGAGCCCUCCUGCCCGUGAACGGGUUUUCUCCGGAGUCCAGCCAGGUCUUCUUCGGGAUCACCGCCUGUCUAUCUCAGGUGUCCCCUGAGGACAGAAACUCCCUGUGGGCCCUGCUGACCUUCUACGGGGGUGCCUGCCAGCUGAGCCUCAACAGGAAGUGCACGCACCUGGUGGUCCCGGAGCCGAAGGGGGAGAAGUACACCUGCGCACUGAAGAGGCCCGGUGUCAGGGUCGUCACCCCCGACUGGGUGCUGGACUGCGUGGCAGAGAAGACCCGGAAGGAUGAGGCGUUCUACCACCCGAGGCUGAUUCUCUAUGAGGAGGAGGAGGAGGAGGAAGAGGAGGAGGAGGAGGAGGUAGAGAACGAGGAUCGUGACUCCCCGAAUGAGGGCAGUACGGAUGACAAGUCAAGCCCCGCCAGUUCUCGGGAAGGGUCCCCGUCGGGGGACCCGCAGUUCUCCCCCAAGGUGGGUGCCGUGAAACCGAAGGGGGAGCUGAUGUUCGAUGAUUCCUCGGACUCGUCCCCGGAGAAGCAGGAGAGGAACCUGAACUGGACGCCGGCGGAAGUCCCGCAGGUGGCGGCGGCCAAGCGCCGGCUGCCGUCGGGCAAGGAGCCGGGCCUCAUCAACCUGUGUGCCAACGUGCCGCCCGUCCCCGGGGGCAUCUUGCCUCCCGACGGCCGAGGGGGCCUCCUGGCCUCCGGGCCCAGCCUGCAGAGCUCCGAGAGGCCGGACGUGGCGGCCGCCUGGAGCCCCGCCGUGCGGACCCUGCGGAACAUCACCAACAGCGCGGACGUCCCGCAGAUGGGCCGGCCGGCCGACGUGGCGCACAUCCUGCAGUCCCUCUCGGCACCUACGAAAGGCUUAGAGCAGCAGGCGAACCACAGCCAGCAGGGCCACGCAGGUGCCGGCACGCUGUUGUUCAGCUCAGCGAAGGGGCCGCCGGAGCCGCAUCCGUCGCCACAGACACCGCAGCACCCUGUCAUGCACCUGCCACCGCAGGUCAUGCAGAUCCCGCCGCCGCCUCACCCGUUCCCGCAGCCGCCACCGCCGCACCCGUUCCCACAGGCACAGCCGCACCCCUUCCCACAGCCACGCCCCCAGCACCUUCAGCCCCUGCAGCAGCAGCAGGCCCUGCAGCAGCAGUUGCACCAGCUGCAGCAGCAACAGCUGGCCCAAUUACAGCAGCAGCAGCUGCAGCGCCUGCACCAGCAGCAGCAGCAGCAGCAGCAGCAGCAGCAGCAGCUGCAGACCCACUCGGCCCAGCACCUGAGCCAGACUCCGCAGGGGCUGCAGCACCAGGCCCCGCACCCGCCCCCCCUGCCGCAGCCCCCGCUGCCCCCGCAGCAGCUGUUUGGACACGACCCAGCAGUGGAGAUCCCGGAGGAGGGCUUCCUGCUGGGCUGUGUGUUUGCCAUCGCGGAUUACCCGGAGCAGAUGUCUGACAAGCAGCUGCUGGCCACCUGGAAAAGGAUCAUCCAGGCGCACGGCGGCACCGUGGACCCUGCCUUCUCCAGCCGCUGCACGCACCUGCUCUGCGAGAGCCAAGUCAGUGGGGCAUUCGCGCAGGCCCUCAGGGAGCGGAAGCGCUGUGUGACCGCACACUGGCUCAACUCCGUCCUCAAGAAGAAGCAGCUGCUGCCCCCGCACCGGGCCCUGCACUUCCCGGUGGCCUUCCCCCCUGGGGGCCGGCCGUGUGCCCAGCACAUCAUCUCUGUGACCGGGUUUGUCGAUGGCGACAGGGACGACCUGAAGCUGAUGGCCUACCUGGCAGGGGCCAAGUACACGGGCUACCUGUGCCGCAGCAACACGGUCCUCAUCUGCAGGGAGCCGGCCGGUUUGAAGUACGAAAAGGCCAAAGAGUGGAGGAUCCCAUGUGUGAACGCGCAGUGGCUCGGGGACAUCCUGCUGGGGCACUUCGAGGCGCUGCGGCAGACCCAGCACAGCCGCUACUCGGCCUUCGACCUGCCCGACCCGUUCGCCCCCACCCCGCACCUCGUGCUGAACCUCUUGGAUGCCUGGAGAGUCCCACUGAAAGUGUCCCCAGAACUGUUGAUGGGUGUGAGGCCGUCCCCCAGGCCGAAGCAGAGCGAAGGGACCAGUAUCCAGCCCUGCUCCAAGAGAGCCCGGAUUGAAGACAUACCACCGCCCACGAAGAAGCUGGCGCCGGAACUGACGCCCUUGGUGCUGUUCACGGGGUUCGAGCCUGUCCAAGUGCAGCAGUACCUCAAGAAGCUCUACAUCCUCGGUGGUGACGUCGCCGAGUCUGUGCCCAAGUGCACGCACCUCAUCGCCAGCAAGGUCACGCGCACGGUCAAGUUCCUGACGGCCGUCUCGGUGGUGAAGCACAUCGUGACCCCCGAGUGGCUGGACGAGAGCUUCCGGUGCCAGAAGUUCAUCGACGAGCAGAGCUACCUCCUCCGAGACGCAGAGGCCGAGGUGCUGUUCUCCUUCAGCCUGGAGGAGUCUUUGAAGAGGGCGCACGUCUCCCCGCUGUUCAAGGCAAAGUACUUUUACAUCACGCCCGGGAUCUGCCCCAGCCUGUCAACGAUGAAAGCCAUCGUGGAGUGUGCCGGGGGGAAGGUGCUGUCCAAGCCGCCGUCCUUCCGGAAGCUGCUGGAGCACAAGCAGAACAAGAGCCUGUCGGAGAUCGUGCUGAUCUCCUGCGAGAACGACCUGCACCUGUGCCGCGAGUACUUCGCCCGGGGCAUCGACGUGCAUAACGCGGAGUUUGUCCUCACGGGGGUGCUCACGCAGACGCUGGACUACGAGUCGUACAAGUUCAACUGACGUCACCACCGCGGUGCCUGAAGCUGCCCCGUCCCAGCGCAGGCUUCGCCGAGGGCCGCUGCCCCACCCACCUUCGUUCUCCAGCUGCCGGAGGGACAGUGCUUACAGCAGGGGGACGCGCAUAAGGACCUGUGCUGCAUCUUUUGGGAUGCGCGAUUUUACUGAGGAACGUGAAUUAUGUUUGUAUUAAAUGACUUUUAAGAGUCCACAUCAGGUUUUAUGAUGUCUUUGCCAGGUGUUUAAAUGUUUUCACAGACUAUGGGUGUGGACUGUGUAAAUAAGACUUGCUCUCUCUAAAUUAUGAAUUUGAAGAUUGAGAUGUUUUGUACUUUCUUUGUAUUCCUUAUACACUUUCCUUUUAUACUGAUAUCCUGCCCACAUUUUAAAUAAAUGUACUUUUGAACUUAGA